CUUAGUACCAUAAUUGCUGUGUAUGAACAAUUUCUGUGAUCUGUUACUGAAGGCAAUAAGGUUUCCACUAAGAAGCGCCAUUUCCUUAAUUCUUCUCCAUGUUAAGAGUUAAAUUUUUCUUUGGUAUGAAGGCAGUGGUUCAUAUAUUGGAACAAUUACUCUUAGGAAACUCCACGGUUUGUAAUGUAUGAUACAUGGUAUGGCAUUGCCUGGUCUGAAUGGGUAACAGCACUAAGGUGCACAUGCUCCUUCCCAAAAGAGCAGCCCAGCGUCUCCAGUACCUCCUCUUCCUGCUGCUGUAAAGUCUCAGUGGCUGCAGGAAGCACUAACCCUCUCCAGAAGCCUCUAAAUUAGAUUGGGAGUUGUUUGAAGCACACUCACAUCAACUAAAUUCAUCUAAGUGAACUACACGAGCUCCUACAACUGAAAUGUCACUGGGAUGUUUGGGGUCCCAGUUUUGUUCUGCACCUUCUUACAAAGCACGGCAGAAAGAAUUUUCUCAGAUUUUAAUCGCUAGAAGAUGGUUAUGCAAAUGAAGCUUAACUGGUAUAAAACAGGAGAGAGGCAGGGCUUACAUGCUUACACUCAGAACACGUAUGUACCCAACUAAAUCAUCUUUCAGCAGGUUCAAAAUGUUCCCUGCCCCUGUUGCCCACGGGAUUUGUCUCCUCUGAGCACAUCCCGUCUAUUUCAAGCACUCAGUAAACAUGCACUUUAGCUCUUCAGCGGAAAAGAAGAAUGUUAUUUGUGCACUAUCCCUGUGUUAGAGGCUUCAAAUGAGUCUUUAGCCAACCAGUUUGGCAGGCCUCCCUGGCUUUGCAUUAAAGAUUCCAAUUUGCAGCUUGCAGAAUAAUUACAGGCUUGGCAGAGAUCCGUUCAGGCUCUGCUGCACUGGUGAGGAAGUUCAUGGAUCCCACCUGGCUUUGUGCAGGGUCUGAUAAGCGUCACACGUGCCCGGGUUUUUGACGUGCUGCUUUUCAAGGUGACUUGCCAAAGCAUUUUGUGCCUUGUCUUUCUCCUCACUCCAUCUGCAUUCCCGUUUCUGCUGCUGCUCAGUAGCAGUGAUAAGAACACGGUGUCAGGGUUCCGUCGUCUCCUGUUCUUUGUGAGUAACGAGGGGGUGGACACACAUUCAGAUGUAGCAGGGCAGCAAAGUUCUUUACAAAUGAGCUCGAAAACCGCAAUCCCCACUUCCUACUGCUCUGACGCUGGAAAGCCGCCAGGAUCUCCGGAAGAAAAUAAUCCCCAAGACAAUGUUGCUUUUGUCCUGCGUUUGUUAGUUAUCUCCAAACACCUCGGGACGCCUCUGUGGAUUUCUCCUCAAACUUUUCCCCUUUGCGGACCUCCUGCCCAGCUACAGGGAUGUGGUUCUUGGAAAAGAUCAGAGCGUCACAUGAAAAUGGAAACCUCCCCAGCUCUUCCUUCCUGGGACUGCCACAAGGCCAAAAUCUGCCAGAAAAAGCCCGGCUGAGGGCUGCUGUUUUUCCAAACGUGAUCACUCCUGACAGGAUCCCUGAGUUCUGCAUUCCCCCCAGGCUGACCAGCUCUGGCUCCAUUAAGGGCAGCGGCUUCCACCAGGAUCACAGUUCAGUGGAUGCAGCUCUUACUUCUGAUUACAGCCCCAGCUCCUUCCCACAUCUCAUUCAGGUGGAAAGUGUUGAAGAGGAGGUCGCAGCCCUGGAAGAAGAAAGCACCAACGCAGACCCCCAGUCCCAAGCAGCGCUCUCCCUGCCCCACUUUCCCAGAGCCUCCACUUCCUAUGGCUUCUGCACCUUGCUGGAGAGUCCCCACACCAGGAGAAAGGAGUCCAUCUUCCACGGUGAUCCACGUGCGGCUCUGCCCAGCCUGAAGCUGUCUCGGUCCCGAGCCAACACCUUCAGUGGCAAAGGGAGCGUGUCCAAUCCCAUCGCUAUCAGCUUUGCUUCCGUGCGACUGCCGCCCAAGCACCUCUCUCUGCACAGGCAGGGCACCUGUGACAGUGACACUGCCUCUUCCAGCGACUCCUCUCCUUUCAGUUCUCCUCUCCUCAGCAGGUCACCUCCCAGACCCUGCUCCCUCAUCAAAGCACACAGCCAGGAGGGAUUGCUCUGCAGAGCACUGAAAGACAAGAGCAAACCCGCUGUGCCCAGGAACAAUUCUCUCUCUACAGAGGAGAGCAGCUCCACCGAUAACAGCCCCAGUGCCACCAGGAGAGCCUCCGAGGGGCUGCUUGGCAUGCGGAGCUUUAGCUCCUCCUGCUCUCCCAUGUUUCCCGUGGACCUGAGCUGCAGCCGGGAGAGGCUGCUGGCAGAGAGCACCGUGCUCCUGGGCAAGGGAGGCGUGCUGAGGCUGUCAGCCGAAUACUGCGCAGAGAACGAGCGGCUGCGCAUCCGCCUCAUCAGUGCAGAGGGGCUGUACGACGAUUCUGUAGAGCCCAAAAACAUAAACUGCUGCAUCUCCUUCUCCCUGGUGCCAGGGAAAACACAGAAGCAGAGAAGCACAGUGAUAAAGAGAAGCAGAAACCCCAUCUUCAAUGAGGACUUCUUUUUUGAUGGCAUUGCGGAAGAGGAGCUGUACAGCCUCUCUGUCAGGAUGAAAGCAACAAAUAAAGGGUGCAGUAUGAAACGGGAUUAUACCCUAGGAGAGCGGCAGUUGUCUAUAAUGAGUAUGUUGUCAGUGUAGUGCUUCAAAUAUUCAAACUGUCUCCUGAAAGUUUUCUACUAAAUAAAGUUUUAGGUUGACUUUUA